AUGGGCAGGACCUCCAAGGACAAGCGCGACAUUUACUACCGAAAGGCCAAGGAGGAGGGGUGGCGUGCACGGAGCGCGUUCAAGCUGCUGCAGAUUGAUGAUGCCUUCCACAUAUUCGCUGGCGUGCGCCAUGUAGUGGACCUGUGUGCUGCGCCCGGCAGCUGGAGCCAGGUGCUGAGCCGCCGGCUGUACCUGCCCGCGGUGGCGGCAGGGCGCACCGGCGAGCAGCUGCCCAAGAUUGUGGCUGUGGACCUGCAGCCCAUGGCUCCCAUAGAGGGCGUGACGCAGCUGCAGGGCGACAUCACUUCUGAGGCCACCGCCCGCCAGGUCAUCUCCCACUUCCACGGCCACCACGCAGACCUGGUGGUGUGCGACGGCGCGCCAGACGUCACGGGGCUGCACGACAUGGACGAGUUUGUGCAGGGCCAGCUGAUCCUGGCAGCCCUGGCCAUUGUGGCCCACGUGCUGGUCCCAGGGGGCACCCUUGUGGCCAAGGUCUUCCGCGGACGCGACAUCGCCCUGCUCUACUCCCAGCUCAAAAUCUUCUUCCCAGAUGUCACGGUUGCCAAGCCCAAGAGCAGCCGCAACUCGAGUAUCGAGGCAUUUGUGGUGUGCCGCCGCUACGCGCCGCCGCCUGGGUUCGAGCCUGAGCAGCUGCAGGCGCUGCUGCACAGCGCUUGGCAGGCAUAUGGGCCAGACACCCAGCACAGUCCGCUGAUGCGGCAGCUGGUGCCCUUCCUGGCCUGUGGAGACCUGGAUGGGUGGGAUGCCGAGGCCUCGUAUGAUCUGCCCGCUGAAGGCUACGUGAGCCUGCCGCCGGUGCAGCCGCCCACAGCGCCUGCUUACCGGCGAGCUAUUGAGAGGAUGAAGGGAGCUGCACCUGCCAGGGAAGACAGCGGGGACGGCAGCCAUGUGGCAGUGAUGGCGACAGCAGCAGGUGCAGCAGCAGCAUCAGCAGUCCUGCAUGAGUUGCCUUAG